UUCCAAGCCUCCUGAAGGGUGCAGGCCCUGCCUACCGCUCCCCAAAGGCCAUUACCUUACAAACAGAGAAGUGAAGCUGCAGAUGACUUAGGCUUACAGAGAGGCCCGCCAGUGACAAAUACGUCUUGUGAUACUAGGGUCAGCAACAGGAUAACAAGUCAUCUCCUUGUUGGCCUGAGGGUGUUGAAAUGACACUGUCAGAGUUUUGCCAGAAGGACCGAUGAAGGCCAAGCCUUGAACUGCUGUCGUCCCUUGCUGCCCCAGGGAGACAUGGAGCUUCCUUCCAGCGGCUGGAGCUUCGCCUUCCUCCUUCUAUUUCUCGAAUUACCCACGGUGCUUCUCAUUGAGAGUUAUCAGAUUUCGCUCAAUGAAACAUUUGGUCAGUCUACCUGUCUGCCCUUUCCCUUCCGACUCAAGCCACCAGUUCCUGAUCCUCUGACUAUUAAAUGGACUUUCAAUGGGCAUGAAACACUUGGCUCCUUCACAGGCCGAAACUGCUCCAUCAGUGCUGAUGAGGGGAAUCUCAUCCACUGUGCAAACGAGUCGUUCAUUCAGGGUCCUCGCCACCAACACCGAGUGAAUUUGUCCCCUAAAAUCCCUUCUCUUCUCCUCCACAAUUUGACACUCAGUGACAGUGGAGUCUACAAUGUAACAAUUAGUGGAGUAAAUAACUUCGGAGUAAUCACACUGAUGGUGAUAGACUUUGCUUCCACCACAGAGAGUGCAACAUCCAAGCCAUCUGGAAAUACAGGAAACAAUGCCCUGUCUUUGGGUCUCAUUGUUGGGAUCUGCUGUAUUUUCAUCUUCUCCGUUCUCCUGCUAUUUCUGUUGGUCUCCCAAAGCCCCAUAGUUCGUGCAAAGCUAGCAUUGGAGACUAAGACAAUAAAGCAAAGAAAGGAACCAAGUCCCAUAGAACUCCGCCUAGAAAACCUUCCACCCGGACCUGAUGCAAUUUAUGACACAAUUAGAGAAGACCAGAUGAAAUACCUUCCCACUUCAGAUCAACUGACUUUGUAUUCAACAGUCCAGCUGCCAGUUGAAUACUCACAGCCACGGUCAAUACAGUUGUCCUCAAGAUGAGCAGGGCUUAGAAUUUCUUUGGCUAAAUCUGUAUGUCUCCAGUCUGUGGAAAUGUGUUUCUUGCCCAAAGCUGCACAGGAUGAAGACAGAUGCCUGGCAACAAACAGAGAAGAUGGCUGCAGAAGGGAUGUAUGGGUUAGUCUUAGUUUAACUCUCAACAGACCUUAAUCCAUUAACCUGCUCCACUAGACCUGUGUUAAUAUUCACCCGAACAGACUCUCCUCUAACUACUCAUAUGAAAAGUGUGUGUGUGUGUGUGUGUGAGAGAGAGAGAGAUGACUGUGUGCACAGAAAGCAGAGCAAUUGCUAUUUUCUUUCCAAACUUUAAAAGACCAUUCCAUUGAUACCCAGUGGGCAGUGAAUGAAGGGAAACUGUCCUUGGGGGAGUCAGGGGUGUGGGAGGGGAGAAACUGCUCCUCCCACAAAGAAAAGAGGAUAAAAAGUCUACUAGGCAGAGAACAAAUGUAGAUUGCAAACCCUUACAAACAACAGAUUAGAGCAAAGGAGAAGGGUGGUAUCAGCUGUCAUUCAUUCUUUCAUUCAAUUGUAUUUAUUGAGCGCUUUCUGUGUGCAGAGCACUCUACUAAGCGCUUGG